AUGGCGGCUGAACAAGCGCCAUACCCAUUCACAGUGCAAGAUGCACAAACCGCUUCCCACACUCUCUACAUCCACCCGAACGAGAGUCCUUCCACCGUGUUGGUGUCACCGCCACUCUCAGAAGGCAACUACCACAACUGGGCAAGAGCUAUGAAGAUGAGUCUUCUCACGAAGAACAAGCUGGGUUUCGUUGAUGGAACGAUCGCAGAGCCGCCACAAGAUCAUCCCGUUCUUCCUUUCUGGCAGCGAUGCAACAUGCUUGUGUUGAGUUGGCUAAUCAAAUCGAUCAGCGUGGAGAUUGCUCAGUCGAUUCUAUGGCGAGACAAGGCAACAGAUGUAUGGAAGGAGCUUCGUGAAAGAUUCGCUCAAGCAGAUCUGUUCAGAAUCUCAGAACUUCAAGAAGAGAUCUUCAGUCUGAAACAAGGUGACAAUUCUGUCUCAAAAUUCUAUACAAGUAUGAAAACUCUCUGGGAUGAAUUGGAUAUUCUGAAUCCAUUGCCUGUAUGCACUUGUAAUCCUCGUUGUGCUUGUGGAGCAAUCAAGAAUAUUGAGGAUGAACGUAAUAAGAAUCAGGUAGUUAGGUUUCUCAGAGGUUUGAAUGAUCAAUUUUCUGGGGUUAGAUCCCAAUUGAUGUUGUUAGACAAUUUACCCAAUGUGAAUCGGGUUUUUGCCCUCAUUGCUCAGCAAGAAAGACAAUUUUCUUUUGAGAAUGUCUCUGGAUCAAGGGCACUGAUAGCUUCACGAGAGAAUUCUAAUGAUAAUAGAGGGUCACAGUCAGAUCAUAACAGGAAUUCUCAAUCCAAUUAUGGAGGUUGUCAAUCUAGCUCAGGAAACAAUAGAUACUCAAGCAAGAAAUGUUCUUACUGUGGAAAAAUGGGGCAUACUGUUGAGGAUUGCUACAAGAAGCAUGGUUUCCCUCCUGGCUUCAAGUUCAAGAACCCGAAAUAUGCACAGAGAUCAGCCAAUCUGGCACAUUCUACUGGAGGAUUUGUUAUGGUGCUCAAUUCUCUCUCGAGAAGGCAUGAGCUGAUGCAUACCACGUAA